UGAUAGUUUUGCUAUGGCUUGCUUAAUUGUUCCCUUAAGUCACAUUUCUCGAAAGUCGGUAAGCUUGCUCUCAUCAAGCGAUUAUAUGCAAGAAAUAUGUGGGAACUUGUGCAAUUUGAUUCCGUUUAUUUGCUUGAGUCGAAUUUCUAGCAGGCGUCAAACACAACAUAACUUUUCUCAUUUGGACGCCAUGCGUUUUAAAAUCAAGAUAACAGUUUUGUCCUUGCUUAUUGUCGGAACUUUCUUACUCUUGCUUGAUUUUAACUUUCAUUUUAAUACCGAAUCUCCUGAAAAUGGUACCAAACUACAAACGCAGGAUCUGGAUGAGUAUUCUAUGUCCAAACGACGAGCAGAUCAUUUCCACAACAGCGGAUAUUUUUCAGCUCAAGAAAAAAAUGUCCAGUUACCCAAGUUUAAACUUGAAGAGGCGUUGGUAGUCAGCCACCCAUUAAAAAAAACUGAUGCUGUGGAUUUUUAUCAGCGAGUUGUUUAUAAUCGUGUCCCAAAAUGUGGCAGUCGCUCCCUGCUUACUCUCUUCCGGCAGUUAUCACGAAAGAAUGGCUUCCACAUGAUGGAUCCUGCUAUAAACCAUCCUUAUCUUCUGAAUGCAAAGGAGCAGAAAAGAGUGAGCAUUCUAAUGUCAGCUUUGAAAGAGCCUUUUCUCUAUCAUCGCCAUAUGUACUUCAUCGACUUUGAAACAUUUAACAGUCCACCAAUCGCGUAUAUCAACCUCAUCCGGGACCCUCUGUCACGAGCUGUGUCUCAUUUCUAUUUUCGCCGCCAUGGCGACAAUGCGUUAAAUCGACCUCGUGGUAAAGUCAAAAGUGACGAAACAAUGACUUUUGACGAGUGCGUUAAAAGACGAAUGUACGAAUGCGUCGGUAAAUGGGGUGUAUUCUUUACCGUACCAUUCUUUUGUGGAAACACUCUGAACUGCAGAUUGCCAACGCGCUGGGCACUUGAAAAGAAGAAAAAUGUCGAGAAAUAUGUUGUCGUUGGCAUUUUGGAAGAAUAUGACGAUUUUGUUAAAGUUCUAGAGAAACUGCUGCCCAACUUUUUUCGAGAAGCCUACCAACUUUUCAAAACACCAGAUCUGGAUAUUUCUGAAAAGUCAAAUUUAACAUUGACGCGUAUGAAGCGGAAGCCUUCAGAAGAGACAGUGUCGACAAUGAAAGGCGAAAUGAAACUCGAGUAUGAAUUUUACAACUUUAUAAAAGAAAGAUUUCACAAGCAAAAAAGGUCAUUAAAUAUAAUUUAACGGAACGUCAAAGGAAGGACAAUUUGGCAAUUUUCAGUACAGGUCUCUAUACCCGAAGAUGUGCACGAAACCAGCAUAUUUCGGUAACUGUUAUAGGCAGUGUUGGUAACUGUUAAGGUGCAAAUAUGUGAUGAAAAGAGGAAGUGGAGUGGAUAUCGAAAGUGGUGUAGUAGUAGUUUUCCUAAUGCUAAAUAAUUGAUUUUCGAAAAAUUUAAGGAGUUUUCCUCCCAUGAUUCUCGCUCUUGCUGCCCGCAAGCUUAGGCUGCGUUUACACUUUACCGGAUUCGCUCAUCACGAGAUCUUCAUUUGCUUUAAAGGAGCAGCUGUUCGGAGUAAAAGCUUUCAAUACAAAGAAAAUAUAACCUGAUAUGAUGAUAAUCUGGUAUAAUGUAAAUGAAGCUUUAGUCGCACUAUGUAAAGACGCAUUUCGAUGCUCACUCACUGUAAAAAAAUUCAAAGAAAUCGAAAAUGCUCAUAAUCUGAAAUUUCCACUGCACAACCACUAUGGCCGGUUGCACGAAGGCUGAAUUAGGUUAGCCACUGGAUAGCAAUAUUUUUGAACGCUUCUAUCUAAGACUUCGCCUGGGCAAUCAAUAGAAUAAAAUAUUGGUUCUAGAAUUGCACAGUUUUAUUAUCGUAUAGAAAAUAUAAACACCUUCUUCACUAGCUCGAAAAA